GUUAUAGGAGAAAGCUCUACAGGAAUUGUUGGCAAUGGCUGUUAGAUGAUAAUUUUGACAGUUAACUUGCGUAUAUCUAAAUGUAAAAAUGUGUGAUGAUUUUCAAGAAUAUGAAGUCAGUGUGGAUAAUCCACAAAAACAUCUUGAUCCAAUGGAAACUUAUAUUUCAUUUAGAGUUACAACAAAAGUAAAGCAAAAAUCUAAUGAAGAGGAGUUUAUUGCAAGGCGGAGAUAUAGUGAUUUUUUAUGGCUCAGGAAUAAAUUAUUUGAAUCUUUUCCAACUCUUGUUGUUCCUGGGUUACCAGCGAAGCACAGUGUUCUUGAACAAUUAGAUAGAUAUUCUCGCCCUUUCAUCAUGACGAGAAUGUCAAUGUUGCAUACAUUUAUGCAAAGAGUGGCCUCCCACCCAGUAUUUAGCUGUAGUCCUGUUUUAAAGACAUUUUUAACUGCAAAGUCAGCUGAAUUUAAUAUGCAGGCUAAAGCAGGUCCAGGACUAUUUGAUCGUUUAUCUGGUUCAAUUCAAAAUUUUAAAGGAUGUAUUCCUCGACAUGGACAUCUUUAUCCUGAAUUUGAAGCUGUGAGAGUUUAUGUUAACAACUUAUCUCAAAAGCUUUAUAGCCUACUUUCAGUUGCUAGUCGGAUUCAUAGGGAAAGAACUGAACUUUCUCUUGAAUUGGAAGAUGCCAAAAGAGCUCUUGAUAAUUGGUCCUAUAAUGAGCCAGAACUGAGUCAAGGAAUAUGUGGAGUUCGUAAGGCAAUAGAAUCAGUUACUACUCUUCAAAAGAUUCAUCUGUUGCAAACUUAUCACCCAUUGUUAGAAAAUCCAUUGGAAGAAUAUCUUAAUUAUAUAGAAGCUGUUAAAGAAGCCCUCACUAGAAGAGAUGCUAUACAGUACAAUUAUGAAAAUAGUAUUGAAGAAACUAAUAAGAAAAGAGGUGAAAUUUUACAGUUGGAAGCUUUGAAUAAUAAUAAUAAUGGAAGUUUCGGUAUGAAGCUAUGGAGAACUUCGAACAGAGAAAAGCUGCAUAAACUAAAAGAGGAAGUUCCUGUACUUGACCAAGUCGUAGAAGAAAAUCAUGAUAAAGUUGAAAUAGCAAAUGAAAGCAUGAAAGCUGAUUUAGCACGAUGGAAUACAGAAAAAAGAUCUGAAAUAAAAGAUAUCUUAAAUCGUAUUACUGAACAACAUGUUCUCUACUAUGAAGAAAGCUUACAUGCUUGGGAGAAGGCACUAGAAACACUAAAAGGCUUAAGUAAUUCAGAAGAAGUUUCCCAUUAAGUCAUAUAUUAUUUAUGUAUAUUUAUUCACUGUAAUUAGUCUACAUCACACACUAGAUGAUGUUAAAACAAACUCAUUAUUUACAUUACUAUAUACAAUUUUUACACUGUAAUUUUUGCAAGUCUGCCUCUAUUUAAAAAAAAAGUGAUGUUUACAUUUUUGUUUUAUCAAUGUGCCAAAAGCUCUUAAUCUACUUUUAUUGUUUAUUUUAAAAUUUAAAAUGUCUAAUUUUUAUUUACAUAAAAAAAAGGGAGA